AUGGAUCCUGGACGGUCACAGCAGCAGGACAAAAAGCAGCUAUUGCAGCAACAGCAACUUCUGUUGCAAAAACAAUUACAACAGCAACACCAACACCAGCAAUUAUUAAAACAACAACAGCAGCAACAACAGCUUAAUCUCCAACAGCAGCAGCAACAGCUUAAUCUCCAACAGCAGCAAUUUAAACAACAACAGCAACAGUUAAAACCACAACAGCAGCUAUUACAAUCACAACCGAAUUCUCAGCCACAGCAGCAGGUAUUACAAUCACAACCACAAUAUUUGCAGCAGCAGUUAUCGCCAAACCAACAACAACUGUUGAUACGGAAUCAGGAUUUUAUGAAACAACGGGGUAUGCAGCAUGGUAAUUUGAACCAGCAGCAACUUCUGGAACAUCAGAAAAAUCAAGAUCAAGCCAUUAUAGAACUGUUAACACUCCACGAUAACAAUAAAUACGAAGACAAAAAUCAAGAAGACCAUCUUCUUUUACAACGGCAACAAGUUAUCCAACAACAGCAACAACCUAGUUUACAACGACAACAGCCGCUGCAGCAGUUACAAUCACAACUAAUGCAACAGUCUCAACUUGGCCAACAACCUCAGCAUCCUCAACAGCAAUCGCAAUUUUUACAACAACCCCAGCAGCAAUUUCAGAGUGUACAACAACUACAAAAUGUGUCGCAACUACAAAAUUUGCAACAACUACAGACUGUGCAACAACCUCAGCUGAUAACACAAACACAGGUUGUACCAAAGACUCAAGUUGAACGUCAACCUCAAGUCGUAAGACAGCCCCCGGCAGUACAAAAACCCAAUUUGUUGCAACAAUCGCAGAUUGUACAGCAACAGAAUAAUCAGUAUUCUUCCUUGUCUACACAACAACAGUCAAAAAAACAGCCCCCUCCUCAUACUCAACAACUACUCCAGCAGCAGCUACAACAGUUAUUAUUAAAAAAUAAAAAUUAUCCACAACGUAUCGUAGUUUUGGGCAAUCAAACACAGCAACAGCAGUUGUCAUCACAGCAACCACAGCGCGUGGUUACUAACAAUAGCACCGGUCAGCAACCACAACAGAUGCAAUGUGUUGUUGUAACAAACACUGGCCAACAACCUCCACAGAUGCAACGUGUUGUCGUUACAGGAACCGGUCAACAACAACAGCAACAACAAAUUCAACGUGUCAUGGUGGGGAACAACGGACAACCACAAUCCCAACAAAUGCAACGUGUCGUUGUUCCAACCACUGUAACACAUCAACAGAUGCAACGUGUUGUUGUCACAAGCACCGGCCAACAAUUACAGCAACAGCAGUUACAACAUGUUGUCAUUCCAGGCACUAGUCAACAACAGUCACAUCAGGCGCAAAACGUGGUCACCCAAACAUCUAUCCAACAACAACCACAGCAAUUGCAACGUGUUGUCGUCGCACCUACUGGUCAACAACAAGUUCAACGUGUUGUUACUUCCACCUCAAGUCAACAGCAACAGCAGAUUGCGCAGCAACAUCAACCAGUGUCACAACGUAUUGUUAUUGGUCAACUCAAAACAUCGCAGCAGACACAGCAAAUGCAAUCGUCAUCACAAAAUGGAGUAGUACUUAAUCAGCAGGUGAUACAACGACCGAUAGGCUCAAUACAGCAGCAGCAACGUGUCGUCAUAGCAGGCCAACAACAAAUUUUAAAAUUAACUAAUCAGCAACAAUCUCAACAGCAAAUCACACUUCAAAAGCAGUUGGCUCAUAAACUAUUGCAGCCCACACAACAACAGCAGCAACAAGAUGUAGUAAAAAACCAACAGCUACAAUUAGAUGUAGUAAAAAACCAACAGCAACAAUUAGAUGUAAUGAACCAGUAUCAACAACAAGACAUAGUAAAAAAACAACAGCAACAACAAGAUGUAGUAAAAAAACUACAGCAACAACAAGAUUUAGUAAAAAAACAACUGCAACAUGGGCAAUUAUCUCAAGGUACGGUUGUUCCUCUAACGCAGCAGCAGAAAAAUAACCUAAACUUGUCUAAUGAAAGUCUGGCAAAGGAGCUACAUAUUAAACAGUCCCAUCAACAGUUACAGCAAUUGCACAUACAACCAUCACAAAAACAUUCACAGGAACAAAUAAACAAGCAACUACAACAGCAAAAACUUAAACAGAAGAAAGAAAUAGAUCAGUUAAAACAUCAAUUGAAACAACCUCAACGUAGUGGUGUAAUAGUAGGACAAUUGCAACAACCAGAAAAACCAGAACCAGAAAAGUUGAAAAAGCAACUCGAGAUACAGCAACAACAACGACAGAAACUUCAAGAACGCCUUCUACUGCAACAACGGCAGCAACAGCAACAACAAAAAAAACUCAAACAGCAACAACUGCAACAAAAGCACCAACAACAGCUCCGUGAACAAGUUUUACUUCAGCAACAUCUUAAACAACAACAGCAGCAGCAAUUACAGAAAAAAUUACUACUGAGACAACAGGCAUCUUCAGAAAACCGGUUGUCGUUAGUUGUAAAUGGAAACCAAGAUCAGAAAAUACGAGAUGAAGAAAAAACGAUCAAUAGUCUUGAAAAAUCAAAGGAACCAGAACAUUUUCGGCAAAUAGAAAAAGCAACCGGUUCUGAAAAACAGUAUCAACUUUCUAUUAAACAAAAGAAUAACGAAAAUGUGCCAGUUAGUGAAAAAGAUUUAUUAUUAUCAUCAUCAUCGGAUGAUGAUGACGACGACGAAACCAUACGUAAGCAAAGAAAUUUGGUUCGUGAAGCUGAACGGCUCGUUCAGGAACGGUACGAUGCACUGAAAGUGGUCUUAGGACCUAAAUACCAGGCUCAAUAUGAUGAAAUUUUGAGAAACUGGAUGGCGAACCGGUUAUCACGUGAAGAGUUUGAUCGUGAGAUUCGCAAGGUGUUGUAUAUUUCAUGGAUGGUCAUGACGAAAAAUGUCGAUGUUGAUAACAAUAAAAAAAAUUCAUCUAUUAGAACCAACAAUACAACUUCGAAAAAAACUGUCAAAAAGGACGCGGUAGCCACCAUAUCAAAGAUUAAAGAAAAUAAUAGUUCCUUAAUUAAUUCAACGGUGAAUAAAUCACCUACAUCAAAAAAAGUGGCUGAAAUAAAUGAAGACAUGGAUAUUAAUAUUGAAAAAAAAGAAGUUAAGGCCAUUUUAGCAGAAAGAGUACCGUUGCAUAACGCAUUAGUCACCAGUUUAAUAACUUGGUUGCCACUUAAUUGUCAGUGGUUAGAACAGCGUAAGGCACGUUCCCAAGGUGUUUCCGAAACUGGGUCGCCGUUACGAUUGUACACAUAUGCAGAUGUGCCACAAGUGCGUGGCCCAAAUGACCACUGGUACCCUAAUAAACCUGGUAGUUUGGCCCAUUGGUAUUGGCCAAAUAAUUUGCCAUGCAAGUCGUCAUUGGUAGAAAACAAUGAACACCCAACACUGAAAAUAUCGUUUCACGAACAAGAGAAAAAGAAGGUUGCUGAUGCUGUAGCUUCGGCGUUCUUAAUAAAGCCACCAUCAAGCAAAUUACUUCCGUUACUGAUGGAGGUAGCUGAAAACACAGAAAAGGUGAGAAGAGCAAGGCAAAUACAGUAUCAAAAGAGGUUUCCGAAGAAACAAAAUGCGAAAGUUACGAAAAUAUUACAAUUGCAACGGUUACAAGAACAAAAACGGUUAGAUACAAUGGUGCGAUUAAGAGAUGGUUGUUCAAAAUUGUUGCGUGAACUCAAAAAGCGCCUUCGCUGUCUCGCCAAUCAAGAACGCCGGCUUAUAGUACGGUUGCGUCGGCUUCAGAUUCGUAUGUCACGACGACGUCGUCAAGUGUUGGCACAAUUCAAAAUCCGAGAGAAGAACUUAAAAUCUCGGAUACGGAAGUUUUUUGAUAGGUCAUACUUAGAACAGCCAAAUAUUGAUUCCCGAGAGCACCUACCUACAGAUAACUCAACUAUUGAAGACGAUGAGAGAGAUAGCCAUAAAAAAGAUAAUGAAAAAGAACCGCAACACCAUUUUCUCAAACGACAUUGGAAAGAAGUUCAUCUACUGGAGAAAAAUCAUGGAAAGAAGCAAUUGAAAACUAUGAUUGCUGACCUUCAAUCUAAACGAAAUGUUCGAGCUCAACGUCCUCAAUCAACGGCCUUGACAAUACGAUUAUUGCGUGACCGACAACGAUUCUUAGCUACUACCAAGUUACUACAAGUAACAAAGCAGGAACGAUUACAAAUAAGUAGUAAUGCUGAUUAUGUUCGAGAGGUCCGAAAUAAGAACUGUCCGUGUGGAGAGUCGGAUAACAAACCAUGUCAAUACCGAAGACAUAUCCGUCAAUUACGAAAGAAGUUACGAGCCCGUGAAUUGGCUGCAAUCAAAGAAGAAAUAGACCGAGACCUGGUAAGAAAAGCAGCUGAAAAGGAAAAGGUAGAUGCCGAGGAACUUCAAAAGACGACAGCCAUAGAAACCGAAAAUAAAAAGGUCGACACCCAAAAGAAAAAAGUCGUGACGAAAUCUACUAAGAAAAAAAAACCGGUAGUGACCAAGAAAAAUAUCAAUGUCGAAGCAGAGGGAAAAAAAAGUGUGUCUGAUGCCAAAGGCAAAACUAUCGAUAAUAGUCUCGUGAAAACCAAUGCAAUUACUAAUAUCAGUUCUUCAAAAAAAACAACAUCCUUAGUUACCGUCAACACAAAAAAUGUAGAGAUCAAAGUGCGACAAAACUUAGACAACCUAGGCAAAGUAAAGCAUAAUAUAGGAAUUGAUUGUGAACUAUUGGUAGAAAAAAGUCCUCAACAAGCUCGAUUUGAUAGCUUAGGGGAUACUAGAAACCGGAUAAGACCACCGCUACCAAAAGAUAAAAGAAGUGUAGUAAAUGUAGCUGAUGCUGCUGCACGGGCGGCUCAAGCAGCAUUAGCUGCAUCAAAGAAGACUCAGCUCCGCAAAACUAGAGCGGCUGCAGCAGCUGCUGCUUCUGCUGCUGCUGCAGCUUCUGCUACUGCUGCAGCUUCUGCUACUGCUGCAGUUUCUGCUACUGCUACCACUGUAGGUACUGUGUCUUCUUCUGGAAAAAGUGACAACGACCGGCGAGCAAGUGAACUUAUGCCACCACCACCACCACCACCGCCACUACUAUCAACAUCUUCAAAAACUGUUACUACUCCAAGAAAUCCUACAAUCGGUGCUCGAUACUUGCAGCAACAGCAGCUUUUGUUGGAUCGACACAGACAGCUGGAACGUAUUCGACGUGACGAGGAAGAACGACGGCAACGAGCCCAAGAUGAGCAACAAGAGCAGGAGGGUUCCGAUAGAGAAGAUGACGAGACAAACAUGAAAACGGAUGACGUCUCUUCACCAUAUUUACCAUUUUCCCAACGAAUGAGGUCAAAGCGACAAAAAGUUGCAGUAGGCAACAUACGCCAGGAUAUGCAUCGGGAAAAUGUCAACGAUGAGCAAGAAGAAUUUAGCAGUAAAGCUAAAAAUGGAGAAGAAAUGGCACAAUUGAGUGAUUAUUAUUUUUAUUAUGGUGGUGGUGAUUAUUAUUCAUCAGACGAAGAGUCGUCUGGGUCAUCAUUUAUUGAAACACCAUUUCCUCCGCUUUUGCAUGAUCUUCGGAUAGACCAGUUACCAAGGCCUACUAAUCGGUUGCCAGCUGCAGCCAUUCUUCCACCUGGCGUUCGAACUCGGUUGCAACCAAUGCUUGCAUCAAAUUCCAAAAUGGAUGCUGUAGAAUCAUCAGUUGAGAGGGAACAAGAACGCACAGUCUUGGAGACUGAUUAUGAACGAAAUAUUAACGAUAUGGUUCAAAAAGAAUCUUUUGACCUUGCCAUGGAAUUUAGAAUUCAGAAUCCUUCAAAUUCGCACAUAACUAGUGAUACAUGCAAGUUUACUGAGUCAGCUGAUAAAACGUUGGCCAUAAAAAAGUGUAAUAAAGGUAGCAAAAGACUGCAAACGGAACUUGUAGUACGGCGGGAACAGAAGCAGAUGCAACAAGGAAGAAUUAAUGAUACUAAAGUGUUACGAGAACAACGAAAGCGAAGUCAAGAUGCUGAAAAAUUGCCAGGAGCGAAGAAGACAUUCGAACAAGUUCAACAGGUACGACAAGAGAAUGGAAAACUGAUAUUAAAAACGAACCCGUUGACGGAGUGGUCUAAACGUAAUUCAAAACAAGUGACAAGUACUUCAGUUACAAAAACGAAUUCAUAUAAUAGAGACCAAACAAAACACCUCGUUAAUCAACUGGAGCAGCAAAACUCUAUUAAUAAAAUAAUUAGACCAGUGCCAUCAAAUAGGGACCAAGAACCAGACACACGAGUGGACGUUGAAGAAUUGCGAUCGGUGCAAUGGAAGGCCCCAUUGACACAGUGGAAUAAACGACCCGUUGCAUAUGAAGCGGCUGUUAUACAAAGAUACCCGAUACAAAAUAAGGGAAAUAACUUACAGCAUUUAUUAAAGGAAAAAGUAGUGACAUACACAUCGGCAAAAUUUGAAAAUUCAAACCAGAAACAUAAGUUGCGAUCUGAAAUUGAUAGACAAAAAUGCAAACGUAUCGAAAUAAAAAAUAUGGUGUUCGAGUACCAAAAACUUGUAGAUACUUUACCUCUGAAUGAACGGUUACCACAUAUGGUCCAAUUACAACAGUACCUUCGGCCGCCAGAAAAUAUUAUUGAAAAUCCUACUAUUAAGUGCAAUCCGUCCGUACAAGAACAACAGCAACAGCCUUUACCAUCAACUAACAAUGCAUGUAUACUACGAGACAAUUCUACUUCUUUACUUAAUUUACCUGACGAUGGUCAAGAACGUACAGUCUUGAAACGAAUAGGUAAUCUUUUGUUAAAAAUCAAAAAUCAGCAAGAAAAAAUGUACCAAAAUGUUACUAUUUCUGACGACAUUAUACGUUUUCCAGGAGUAGUUUCCAAUAAACUUAAUGUUAAUAACGUGGAAGAAAAUGAUCUAAAAAAUUGGCGUGACCUAUGGCCCGCAUACGAAGGCAAGCCAAGUAACGAUGAAUUGAUGGACGAAGAUCAAAGGUUACGCCGGACCCAAGAAUUGAUUAAUCAAUACUAUUCCUGUAAUAAUGACCAAAAAUCCGUACGUUCGUCGGAUCAACAAAAACGGAGGCUUGGACGGUAUGGGCGAGAACGACUUGAACGAGAGCUACCUGCUUAUCAGCAACUACGAAUGAAACAAAUAAUGCAAUCAGAAACAUCAGCCAGGCCAAAUCUCAUGGAACAAAAAAUAAUAAAAAGACAAAAGCUACAGCAUACUGAGCAACAUUUGCCAGAACGGCAAAAAUAUCUUAAUCAGUAUAAGCGACUUGGACGAAUUGAGCAAUUAGAACAACAAAAACACCUAUUAGGACAUCGACAGCAACAACUUAAUGAACAAAAGAUUCAAAAAUUACAAGACAAGCAGCGACAAGAUUCUGGCGUUGGACGUUCUUUUGUUCAGCAGAAGAGGCCUUCUUUUAUGGUUAGUAAAUUUCAAGUGUCAUCAACGUUAUGUUAUGACGAGGAACUUCCACUAUGUGAACAAUUGUUGCGUAGAAUCGUGAAAAAGAAAUACGAGCAAAUAAUUAAAGUUCUCCAGCAACAGCGGCGUUCCAAAUCCACAACAGUGCCCAUAAAUGCGACUCUACCCGAGAUAACUAUGCCUGGAGAUGAAUCCAAUGUUAAUACAAAGGGACAAACGAGUAGAGGAUCACAGCUUUGGUGGUCGACUAUUGGUCUUCCACGGCAAAUAUCACCGUUAGUUACUGGCUAUGACAAUCAAGUUGAUCUAGAUGUAACGAAUGUGGCAGUGAUGCCAAUCAGCAAUCUACCACAGGUGACUAGACCGCAAAAGGACACAAAGGUUGCAUCAGUCAUAGACAUUAUGCCGAAAAGUAGUACGACAUUGACUAAUAAAAUAAAGCUUCAAAAGUGGAUGGAACCACAUUUAAUAAGUAUGAUGACAAACGAUGAAGGAAGGUGGUUAGAACAGUUGCAAUCCAAGAUAUCACAGCUUGAUAAACAAGUAGAUCUACAUUGGAAGGCUAUGAUAGAUGGACAGGAAAAACAAGUAAAAUUACUUCUGAAUUAUGACAAACGCCUGCAAUGGGAAAAAGAAAAGAAACGUUUAGAACGUGAAAAACGGAUACAGCAGCUAAAAAAACGAACACCAUUUCAAGCGUUGCCGGUACACCAUCAACAAGCACAUACGUUACGUGCGGCAGGCCAUAUGCGGCAACAACAAUCAGAAAUACCAAUAAUUGUUAUCGAUGAUGAUGAUGAUGAUGAACUUAUUGAUACAACGGUUGUUGGCCAAAAACGGGACACAUAUCAAUAUCCAGUGUUCAUUGAUGAUGAUCUGCUAAGACAUAAAAUAGAAACAAAAAUAUUGUAUGAAGAUCAGCACAAGGGUAUCAGUAAUCGAUGGAAGCAGUUAGAAAUUAUACGUAAAGCACACCAAAAGCAAUGGGAAUUCAAACUAAAGCAGUUAUUUUCAUAUAAGGCAACUGAUAGACAAUUUUGUCGGGAGCUUAAUGAACGUUUGAUGAGAAAAAUAAAUAAGCCUCAUUUAAUUAAAACUCUAGAUCAGCUUAACGGAGGGCCUUUAAGAUAUACUGAACGAAAACAACUUCAGCGGCAAAUGCGACUUUUGGAACCACGACCCAUGCAAGAACCAAGAAUGUUACACCGUCAAAAAAAGCCAACACAAAAGCAAGCCGCAAAGAACCGUUCUCAGCAAACUCCAAUAAAACAGAAAAAACAUAAAACUUCAAAGUCAAGCAAAAAAUCAAAAAAAACCAUUAAGCAACAGCGGUCAACACAUAAACUAGCUUUGAAACAAGACCCACUAAACAAACAAGGAAAUCAAAAACUUGAAAAACAACUACCACAAAAUUUGAACGAUACUAAUGAAAAUCAACCAAAAAAAUCUUAUGAACAUCAAGAAUCAGUCAAUAUUCGCCAACUACGUAGUAAAAGAAACGUAGUGGUAUGUCAACCAUCACAUAAACGAUCAAAACAACCCGAUCACCUAAAUCAAAAUAAACCCCAAGUACAAAAUAAAUAUUUAAUAGAACAGCAUAAACAAGUAACGCGGAGGCGGUUCCAUCGUGGUCAAAUGUUAACUAAAGUAAAGGCACCAGCUAUGAGUUCAAGACACAUGUUCCUGCUACGAAAUAGAAUACUCCAGGUACACUCGAAUCGCAAUAAGCGACUACGGAAGCAAAAUCAGCGAUCGGAGGCUCAUCAAGAUAUUAUCAUUGACACUAGAGAAAUGCAAAGUCAGCAAACCCAAAAUAAAUUUACCAAGUUUGUUCUUAAGAAAAUGACGUAUUGCCUGCAUAAUCAACGGUCUUCGUUGCAGCGCCAACUGGAUAGAUUGAACGAAAACCAUCCUGGUAAAAUCGACAAUCCACUAAAACCAUCAGAUUCAAAGACAUUGAUAAUGUCUGUUCGACAUCCUUCAAUAACUUCAAUGAUAUUGUCUCCACAGCAACCAUCAACCAUAAAACAACAAUCUUUGACUUCUACUGUUAAACUAAGCCCACAGCAACCUUCAACAUCUAUAGAACAAUCCUCGAUGUCUUCGGUAAAGUUAAUAUCAUAUCAACCAACUGCGUCCACAUCAGCGAACCAACAAUGUCAAGAGGUAGAAGAAAAACGUCAGGCUCUAAAACGACGGCUCAGCAGAGUACACAGUAAACUAAAACCACUGAUGGAAAUGUGGCAGCUUUCACUUCAGAUGCCUGGACGUUGGUUGUUACAACAAUUGGAUGAUAUUGAGCAGUUAAGACGGAAAGAGGUUUCAGUUAAAUCCAUGUUAGACUUAAGACGUCCGAGUGUGCAACAGCAAAAACAACACAUACUUCAAAAUAAUGAGGUUUCAGUGGUGAUGGCUUCAACUACUAUAACCCUGUGUUCAUUGCAACAGUUGCAACGGAUCCGUGAACAUCUGAAUUGGCGACAACAACGAUUUCGUGAUCUAAUCGAAGAUCUACUGAUAUUAAUUUGCCCAGAACAACAUCCCAUGUUGUCUGAUACAACUCAGCUAUCUUCAAAUUGUUCCGUGCUUAUCAAACUACAGCAACAUCCGAUGAUGGAGGAACAGUUAAAUUCCAUUUAUUCAGCUGUAUUGAACUUGCAAAGCCCUUCAUCGUCAAAACAUACGCAACAACAAUUGUCAACCUAUUCAUUAUUACUUAAGCUGAAUCAACCAAUGACGGCUAAACAACAGUCAUUGGUAUAUUCAACAGUAUUAAAACUUCAACAACCACCGAUGCCAAAACAAACUAUGAUGAAAACUACACAGCAACCGUCGAUUGCUUUUGUUUCAGAAAAUCAACUACAGGAAAAAAGACGGCUCAGUAGUGGAGAUGAAACUAAUGAUUAUUGCAAAAAACUUAAAUCGUCAAGCAAAAAUAGAUCUAAGUCACCGUUUAACUCCAUUAGUCGUAAGCGAUCGGUGCCUUCCCUUAUUAAAAAUACUGGUAUUGACAAAAAUAUCCCCAUUAUUAAUCUUGUAGAUUCUGAUGACGAUAUCGAAAUAUUAGAUUCUGAUUCUAGCACUGAGUCAUCAAACGAAGCUAGCUUUGGUGUGCAAGUUUCAGAAAAAUCACCAUUAACAAUUAAAAUUAUAAAAAAAAAACCACUUCCCAGUACACAACGGGUUAUAACAGAUAUUGAAAAUAUAUCGGAAAUACAUGACAUGAAUUCUAUUAUAAAAUGUAAAGACAACAUUAGCAAUAUUGACUUAAACAAAGGUUUGGAGUUGACGAAGAAUGAAUAUUUUAAUAAAGAUAAAACAAUGCAAAUAGAAGACAAAUGGGAAGAUUUAAAAAAAUUAAAAUCAACUAAGAAUGAAGAUAAUAAAACACUUAUUAGUGAACAAAAUAACAUUAAAGAUGUAAUGACAGGAACAUCAGUACUUAGGACUAUUGUUAGCAGUCCAACACAGAUACCUGUCCAUGUCAGCAGACCAAAAGAGACAUUGGCUGUUAUGAACAAACCCCCUGUGGCUGAUAGCAGUAAUCAAAUAUUAAAGAUAGCCGUGGUUGAUAAUUCAUCGAUAAUUUCGAAUGUUGAAAACAAAUUUAUAAACGUGUUGCCUGAUGGUAGAAAAAGAAUACAAAGUGAGGGUGGGAUCCUGAGUUCGAAAUACGUUAAUAGUGUUGAUAUGACAACAUCAGUCCUUGACAAGUUUGCGAAUGCAGCAAUAAUGGGUGUCAUCAGAAGAACACCGGCGGCAUUACCCGAAAACCAUCAGCCUGCAGUUGGCCAAAUACCUACAAUAACACCAACUGGAAAAUCAAAUAUGAAAAUGACAAAGUCAAUAGACAAAUCCCAGAGUAGCGACAAUAGAACCGAACAUACCAAAAAUAUAAAAAAAAGUAGAGUUAUUACGACAAACCAUCAUCGUCAAAUUGGCACACUUUCAAAGACUGUGCGGCGGUAUCGACGCUUGAAUCGUACUCUAUCGUUAGAAACUCGCGGACCAGCUGUUUUUACGUUCCGUGACCAUGGAUUUUCUCAAGGUACCAUUGAACAAAUAAUUCAUGGGCGGUUCAUGACCACUAUAAUGACAAUGUCGGCUGCUCAUACUAUUGCGUCAUACAUACCUCCGAGUCUUCCACGGACACCAUUUGACUAUUCUUCAAUGUAUCAACAUGAUAGCAAUGUGGCGUCUACUAACAUCGACGUUGACAACUCCAGCAACAACCAAAAUAUCAAAUUAUCCAACACACCGGUAACACCAUUAUCCGCAAUCAUGAGUUGGAUAGAGAAAACUGUGGAGACCUCCUCAAACAUCGCAUGUGGUAAUGGUCAUGUUUGGAAAGGUUGCGCACGGGCAUCAUUUCCUACUCUUAUGACUUUAAGCAAGGUAACCAAAAAAGCUAUACCACGAAAAAAUGACAUUCAAUCAUGCACUAGUUAUUCGUCUCAUUCGACCGAAGGAGUGAAAACACUACCAGCAAGGUUGUCGAGGUCAUCAAAAAAGAAGCCGAUACCUGUCAUCGAAAAUUCGACAAAAAGGUCAGUAUCAGCCACGGUUCCUACUUCGCCUAUUUCUAAUAGUAAAGUAAAACAACAAAUAACCACUAAAAGGUCUACUUCACUGACUUCCAUUGCAACACCGUCGUCAUUGGAAAUUAUGACCACAAGCUAUACACCAUCGACCAAAAAUGUGGCAGUUGGGCUUCAUAAUAGAUCCAAAUCUACUAUAGGGGUAGCCAGUGCCAGCAGAAAACAACCAUCUAAUUCUGUAGGACAGCCAACUAAAAGAUCAGCGUCAGUAGCAUUUUCUUCUGUACCACUCCUCACGUCUGAAAUAAUGACAGACAAUGCUGUUCCAGCGCUGGAAACAAAAAUUUCAACCUCAGCAAUAGUGGUCCGACCGCAGAAGAGAUCAAAAUCAGCAGUAACGACUUCUAAUACCUCAACUAUCGACGUAUCACCCACUUUAACGAAACUUGGUCAACGUGAAAAACGUCUUAGACCUGUCAAACGAUCUGCAUCAGUGGCGGGAUAUGCAAAUCCCUCCAUAUCUAGUGAAAUGUUGGACUUGUCACCUCCGGCAGUCAAACCUCCCAAGAGAUCUAGGUCGGCCGUAGUAAUUACACCUGUAUCGGAGGCAGUCGCUGCAACUAGCAAUCAUUUCAUACAACCAAGACCGAUCAAAAGACCUGCGUCAAUGGCAUUGUCACCACCUUCAGCCCUACAAACUAACAGAUCCAAGUCGGCAGUUCAACCAUCGUUAUCAUUCAACAAAAUGUCCACCAUCCAAAGUGGACCAACAUUGGCCAACACUUCCGUACCCGGGCCUAGAGUAUCAAGGACAUUAAACAUUUUAAAAACAAUUCCUCCCUCAGAAAUUUUGACAGCAGCACCGAAUGGUGAAAAAAAUAAUGUACUCACCAACGCAGUUUUUGAAACCGGUGACGAAGACAUCACCACCUAUCAGAAAACGACAACGAUCACCGAUGAAGAUCAGCGCACUGUAACUGUAACGCGAACUCUGUGUCCUACCAUUCCGGCACCUAUGGACGUGACAGCUGACGCAUGCUCACUUGUGACGGCUGCUUGUGAACAAUUUAUCAAAGCCAUGGUGUUGGAACGGCAUUUGAAGGCGGGUCGCGGUGCUGGAACGCUCCAAUUACGCCGUCGAGAUGCAUUCGCCGCGGCCAUAGCAGUUGACGAUGAAAUUCGACCAUUUCCUGAUUAUUGUCGAACGCCCAUCGUUAAUCCAGUGACACCGGCACACGUACAAGGAGAAAAUAAUGAUGUAGAAAAUUGGACAACAGCGGAACAGAAAUCUGUCAUCACUGAUAGCAGAUAUAAUACACAAUCAAUCGUUAUGACAAUAGACAAACCGGACUAUGAAAACGAACGGAGGGCUGUACUGAAACAACAGUCAAUUAUCGCUGACAGUAAAUCGAAUAAUAAAUUGUCCGUACUGACGAUCAAAACGGUCAUUGAAACGCAGACCACAUCUUCCACGACGACUACGAUCAAUAAACUGCAGUGUCCGACGACCAUAACUACUGAUUCCGCCGCAAAAACUAUUUCAUCGAGGUCGGUGGUCGAAGGUACUUCGGCCAGAACAAGAGGAGCGGUGAUAUUCAAAAAGACGAGGAGUUCGGUGUCUACUUCAGAAUCGACGAUGCCAUCAUCCAGCGUACAACCGACAACCGGCAAUCAGUUAUACGCGAAGCCAACAGCCGCUAGAAAGCGGUCGAUGCGUCCUCCGCCGUUUAUCACUCCCAACAAGAUAGUGAAACCUCCUUCUAUGUUCGGCGAGGCCAAUGCCACGUCGACUCGCGGAUUUUUCGUGAAUCGUGGUAGACCACUGUUGCAACCAGCUUUUAACCGGCGACAACCGUUCGGCAAAUUGAUAGACACCUGCACCUCGGCAGCCGUGGAUUCAACGACUGCCAACAACACGUACUUUUCAGAUGACCGUGGCCAAAAUUUGAACACCAAAGUCCAUUGGCCAUACGAUUAUUCCAUUAGCAAUGCCUGGGGCUGUUAUUUGGGCAAUCAGAAAAUGUUACCGCCCGUCAGCCGGUUGAACAAUUUCUUGAAUAUCACCGACGAACCGAAGUCCGAAAACCACGAUGGAGAAAAUGGUGGCAGUGGCGGCGAUGAUACCGCCCACCGAGUAUCGUCCAAUGGAUCAACGAAUCUGCUGCACGAUAUGGUUAAGGCAGAUGACAACAACACUCAAGAGCAGAUUUCGUUGGCAAACAGUCGACAGAAACUGGUUUUAAUGAAUAUCGCCUAUCAGCAACAGUACAUUAAGCAGUUGGAGAAAGAGAUGAAACGGCGGGUUCAAGAGUAUCGAAACGGAGAACCCGACUCGCAGGAAGUUUACUACGAAAAGUUCCAGAAACUGCAAUUCGGUUCGCCAAACCCGCAACCGGAGCAUUUAAUAUUGCAGUUCUCUUCGAAUGGCCACAGUCGCCACAGCUUGACGAGUUGGUAA